GAAAGAGGCGUGACACGCAGGGACUGAAACGCAAAUGUUUCAUUUUCCGCAUAUAUCCGUAUACUACUGGAAAUUUCGCUAUUGAUGAGGCCUAUGGUCGUUGCUUUUAUUCCUUCUGAACAGCAGCUAUCUGAUAUUUCCAGAGGUGUAAGUUCCAGUUUGCUGUCUCUUGUGAGGCUCCAGUCGCUUCCCUGUUUUGAAAAGUUCUAUCCGAGACUCCGGCGUCCCUGGGGCGGCUCGAAACGUGUGAGAAGCCGCCGGACUCAGGCCUUGGAAGCGUAGGGGUAUCCCGUGCAGCCGGCAGGAUGAGCUCCGGAGAGGAGCCCCAGGACGACUACCCCCUGCAUGCCCUCGUCUGGAAUAAUGACUACCGUGCACUGGAGAGGGAGCUGGAAGGGAAGGAUAUAGAACAGCUGGAUCCACGAGGCAGAACGCCCCUGCACCUCGCGGUCUCCUUAGGGAAUUUGGAGUCGGUCCGAGUCCUCCUGAGACACAAGGCGGAUGUCACUAAAGAGAACCGCGAUGGAUGGACAGUUUUGCAUGAGGCUGUAAGCACAGGAGAUCCAGAAAUGGUCCAGAUGGUCCUGCAGUACCGAGAGUUCUAUAAAGCAUCUACGGCUCUUGGAGGAGUCCCUGAGCUGCUUACGAAAACGCUAGAGGCUUCGGAUUUUUAUGUGGAAAUGAAGUGGGAGUUUACUAGCUGGGUUCCGCUGCUGUCCAGGGUAUGUCCCAGUGAUGUUUGUCGGAUAUGGAAGAGUGGCGCCAAGCUUCGGGUGGAUGCUACGUUGUUGGGGUUUGAGAACAUGAGCUGGAUCCGAGGGAAGCAUAGUUUUAUAUUUAAAGAAGAAGAUAACUGGGCAGAGCUGAUGGAGAUUAACCACGAUGACAAGACUGUCACAAAGGAGCGAUUUGACAUCUCGCAGGAAAUUGAGGGCAUCACUUUAGAUUCGAUGCAACCGGCAGAAAGGGAAGUGAGCAAACGCCUCACCUCCCCCAUCAUUAACACCUCCCUUGAUACAGCAACCAUUGCGUUUGAAAGGACAAAGGCCGGUUUCUGGGGCUGGAGGACGGAUAAAGCAGAAGCCGUAAAUGGAUACGAAGCAAAGGUGUAUACUGCGAACAAUGUCAAUGUUGUGACAAAAACGCGAACCGAGCAUUUAACAGAAGACGAAAAGUCGCGAUACAAAGCCGACAGAAACUUUUUGGAGUCCUUGCUGGGAACAGUGGAACACCAGUUUGGCGCCCAGGGAGACCUCACCACGGAGUUUGCUACGGCCAACAAUCCUACCGCCAUCACUCCCCAAGAAUACUUUAACCCAGAUUUUGAGCUUAAAAACAGGGAUAUUGGGCGUCCUAAGGAACUGACCAUCAGGACUCAAAAGUUUAAAGCUACAUUAUGGAUGUGUGAAGACUUUCCCCUCUCCUUGGUAGAACAAGUCACUCCCAUCAUUGACCUGAUGGCCAGAACAAGUUCUCACUUUGCACAUCUUCGAGACUUCAUAACACUCCAGUUCCCACCGGGGUUUCCUGUGAAGAUAGAAAUCCCAUUGUUUCACGUGCUGAAUGCGAGAAUCACAUUUGGUAAUGUGAACGCGUGUAUGACGGGGGAGGAGAGAGCAAGCACCCCUUCCACUCCGAAAGGGUCGCAAGAUGAAGCUUCUCCUGUUCCUAAAUUUGAGGUGGACCAGUCAGUCUUUGAAAUCCCCCCGUCCUAUCAUAUUCAGGAAAACGGAAGGAGCAUGCACAUUCGUGACGAAGAUGAAGAGAUCAUGCAGUUUGCCAUCCAGCAGAGUUUAUUGGAAUGCAGUGGGAAUCAGUCCAUGUCUCAAAGUAAUUCAAAUGGAAGUCUCUCUUCUGCUCAGGUGUUUGACACACAGUAUGAAAGAGCCGUGCAGGAGAGUCUUCUUGCCAACUCCCAAAGUGCUUAUUCCAAUCCCAGUAGCCAUUCUCCGAGCUUUGACAAGGACUUGCAGUUUGCCAUGGAAUUGUCUGCCAAGGAGCUAGAGGAACAGGAGAAGCGGCGUCAGGAAGAGGACGCCCAGCUACAGGAGAUCUUACAGCUGUCUCUGAUGGAAAAGUAGGCCACGUUGCUAAAUGAGCAAAAUACUC